UUCAUCGGCUCAACAGGUUACUUCCAAAAUAGCUUCAUUUUCACAAACCAUUGAAAAGAAGAGAAAGAAGACGAAGUUGAUUUCUCUUCUUGUUUCUUACUGCAUUUUCAGACACCCAAAUCUUGGUCUUCUUCACCCCGUUUUUUUUUCCCUUUCUCAUUGAGUUCUAUAUUUAUUAAUUUAUUUUCGUCGGAAAUGGCUUCUUUUCUUCGGUUUAGAAAACUAUGCUAUGUAGAGUCAGCACUUAAGUGCUCUUCAGUGGGGUUUGAAUCUUUUGAUCAGUCACCAAAGAUCGAUCAAAAGCUGGACAAGAAAGAAGAAGAUGUCAUUUCCGCUAGCAAUUAUGCCUUGGAAAUCAACAAGAGAAAGCAACCAAGGAGGAAGCUUAAGGAAUGGAGAUGCUUAGAUUCUUGUUGUUGGAUAAUUGGAUACCUUUGCGCCAUUUGGUGGCUUCUUUUGUUCUUGCACCACUGCUUGCCGGUUACAUUGCUUCAGGUUCCUGAAUUACCAGGGGUCAGGCUUAAACGUGAAGGUUUGACAGCUCUUCACCCUGUGGUUUUGGUCCCUGGCAUUGUCACUGGUGGCCUAGAGCUAUGGGAAGGCAGGCCCUGUGCUGAUGGUCUGUUCCGUAAGCGCCUUUGGGGUGGUAGCUUCACUGAAACCAUCAAGAGGCCUUUGUGUUGGUUGGAGCACUUGUCUUUGCACAAUGAAACUGGCCUUGACCCACAAGGAAUCCGGGUUCGAGCUGUUCCGGGUCUGGUUGCGGCUGACUAUUUUGCUUCAGGAUAUUUUGUGUGGGCUGUUCUCAUCAAAAAUUUAGCAAAAAUCGGCUAUGAGGGGAAGAAUUUGCACAUGGCUGCUUAUGAUUGGAGACUUUCUUUCCAAAAUACAGAGAUUCGGGACCAUGCUCUUAGUAGGCUGAAGAGUGAAAUUGAGCUGAUGUAUAUAAUCAAUGGCUAUAAGAAAGUGGUAGUGGUGCCCCAUUCCAUGGGGGUUAUCUAUUUUCUUCACUUCCUUAAAUGGGUUGAAACCCUCCCUCCUAUGGGGGGUGGUGGUGGUCCAGGUUGGUGUGCCAAGCACAUCAAGGCAGUCAUGAACAUUGGUCCGGCAUUUCUGGGUGUUCCAAAGGCUGUUAGUAAUAUAUUCUCCGCUGAGGGCAAUGACGUUUCUUAUAUCAGAGCUGUGGCACCUGGAGUUUUGGAUUCUGAUAUUUUAGGGCUUCAAACACUUAGACAUGUCAUGCGGGUGUCUCGGACAUGGGACUCCAUUGUGUCAUGGUUGCCUAAAGGAGGAGAGACCAUUUGGGGCAACAUGGACUGGUCUCCUGAAGAAGGCCACGUUUGUGACUUCUCUGAGAAAAGGUACUCUCAGCAAUCUCUAAGUGACAAUAGUGUCAACAACAGUGAUGUGAAGAGAGGCUUCGGAGUGGAAGAUCCAGCUAAGUAUGGAAGAUUAAUCUCUUUCGGCAAGUCAGCUUCAGUAUUACAUUCUUCACAGCUUCCCACUGUUGAUUCAAAGGAAUUUCUGCGCACAAGUGAUUCCCAAAAUUUCAACUUUUCAUGUGGAGACACCAGGACGGAAUAUGAUGAGAUGAGAAGGGAAAGCGUCCAAAAAGUUGCAUCAGAUAAAGCUUACACAGCCACAACUCUUCUUGAUCUGCUACGCUUUGUGGCACCAAAAAUGAUGCAACGGGCUGAAGCUCAUUUUUCACAUGGAAUUGCAGACAAUCUUGAUGACCCUAAAUACAGCCAUUACAAAUACUGGUCUAAUCCACUUGAAACGAAGCUACCUGAUGCUCCGGACAUGGAAAUAUACUGCUUGUAUGGUGUUGGAAUUCCAACUGAAAGAUCAUACGUGUACAAGCUAUCACCUAACAGUAGGUGCAAAAGCAUUCCAUACCAGAUUGAUAGCUCAGUCCAUGGAGAAGAUGAUAGCUGCUUGAAAGGUGGAGUAUAUUUUGCUGAUGGAGAUGAGAGUGUACCGGUUCUAAGUGCUGGAUUCAUGUGUGCUAAAGGUUGGAAAGGAAGAACCCGUUUCAAUCCAUCUGGUAUUGCUACAUACACAAGGGAGUACCGGCACAAGCCACCAGUUAGUCUGUUUGAAGGGAGGAGCAUUGAGAGUGGGGCACAUGUUGACAUCAUGGGAAAUGUUGCUCUAAUUGAAGAUAUAUUGCGCAUUGCCGCUGGAGCCACCGGGAAGGAGAUAGAAGGUGAUAGGAUUUACUCGGAUAUCUUAAGAAUGUCUGAGAGAAUAAAUCUUCGGCUGUGAUUACAUUUAGACAGCAUAAGGACUGACCUUUAUCGAGUACGGAGCUUGUUGAGAGGAUCAGGCGAAAAGCACAACGCUUUGAUCAGGUAGAGAAAUUAGCUUUUUUUUUGCGGUAACCAGGAAUAUCUUGCUGGAAAUCAUUCAUAACAUUUUGGUCCUUGUGCUAGAGUGAAAGGUGCAUAUACAGCAGGGUACUCGAUUUUCUUGUAUCUUCUAAAUGAUGUAAUUUUCUCACUUUUUCUAUAAUCAAAUAAUAAUAGAAAAAAAGUUUUACUUAAUAUUCUGCAUUGAUGCCUUUCUAGUUUUUGAUUUAUUGAACAUUCAUAUGCUUGUUUUCAGAACAGCCAUUUUAACACUUUGGUCUAUGCCAAGAUGGUUUUGAAAACAAUGGCCAAAGGUAAAAAA